CGGAGUUAGACCCGGUGCAGGAGGAGGUCGCAGGCGAGUCAGCCGGCCGGGGGCGCACUGCGCGGGGAGCCAACCUCUGGGCAGGCAGGUGGGACGCCGGGGCACCGCAAGCCUCAAUCUGGAUCCGGGAGGCGGGGCCUCGUACUUCUGCCCAAUUAGGGGCUACGGGGGCGGUGCCUGGACUACGAACUAUCACAACGGGAAGAGCCGCAGGCUGUCCUAUCACGGUGCGAGCUCGCGGAGUUCGGAGCAAUGUCCAAUCAGGGCCGCGGGGCGGUCGCUGUAUUCCUAUCCAGUCACUUUGCAGGAUCUGGAGCAACGCCCAAUCGGAGCGCGGGGGCAUGUUUCCUGGUGAAAGGCCAAUCCUCCGGAAACUGUCCAAUCGGGCCUGGGGGGCGGGACCUCUGCGUGCGCCGCGGGCUGGUGCUCAGCCGCCCGGAGCCGGCCCAGGUGUGCGGUACGCGCAGCGCCCACUUGACCCGGCUGCAGUGCCGCGUGGAGGAGUCCUGGAGAGCACGGAGCGGAGCCCCGAGAUGGACUUGGUGAUCUUUGAGGAUGUGGCUGUGGACUUCACCCUGGAGGAGUGGGCUUUGCUGGAGUCUAUGCAGAAGAACCUCUACAGAGAUGUGAUGCUGGAAACUUUCCAGAAUCUGGUCUCAGUGGAUUAUGAAACACUGUUUAAAGCCAGUGGGUUGGUUUCUCAACAGGAUGCGCUUGAGAAAAAAAAAUCUAUUGAACAGAAAAUGGCAAAAUUCACAAGAAAUCAUUCUUGUGCCUACAUUUUAGAAAAAAAUUGGGAUGAUGACAGCACUAAAGAUCAACAUGGAAACCAUGCAAGACAUCAGAGGCACCUCAGAUCUCACUGUGGACAAAAACCACACCUGUGUCAGGAACACCAGCAGGCCUGCAUUUGUGGCACACACCUGAGAACUCACACUGGAGAGAAGCCCUACGGAUGUAAGUUAUGUGGGAAAACCUUUCCUUAUUUCUACUCUCUCACACAACAUAUCAGGAUGCACACUCCGGAGAGAAACUAUGAAUGCAAGCACUGUGGGAAAACCUUCCAAGAGUUCUCCAGUCUUACUAGACACGUGAAAACACACACUGGGGAAAAGCCAUAUAAGUGUAAGGAAUGUGGGAAAGCUUUCAUUUAUCCCUCAAUCUUUCAAAAACACAUGAUAACACACACAGAGGAGAGGCCCUAUGAAUGUAAGUUAUGCAGAAAAGCCUUCCACCAUUCUUACUCUCUCACUCAACAUAUGAAGAUUCACACUUCAGAGAACCUAUGAAUUCAGGCAGUGUGGGAAAACCUUCCAUGAGUUCUCCAGUUUUACUGGGCAUGUGCGAACUCACACUGGAGAAAAGCCGUACAAGUGUAAGGAAUGUGGGAAAGUCUUUAUUUAUCCUUCCGUCUUUCAAAGGCACAUGA